AUGACUAGCUGGACCAGAGCCUUCCAUCCUUAUCCGACGCCUCCACGAUCUCCCCCGAAUGGCUUGUUAGAAGCGGCAGGGGAGUCUCCGAUAACUGUGAUCGCUUCGUCUCGAGCCAUCCGGUCUGGUCGACUUUCCCCGGCUACCAUUGUCAUAUCCAAUGCCACAGGGAAAAUCACCGCGACCUUUGAUUCGAUCGUUCCUGAGUCCGAUUUCCCUCCCAACACGCCAUAUACUGACUACUCGCCGCAUAUACUUCUGCCGGGUUUAGUGGACGCCCACGUCCACCUCAACGAGCCUGGCCGAACAGAAUGGGAGGGCUUCUACACGGGGACACAGGCCGCCGCCUUUGGUGGAGUGACGACUGUGGUGGACAUGCCAUUGAACGCCAUACCGCCCACCACGACGGUUGCGGGGCUGCAAGAGAAGAUCAAAGCAGCACAAGGCCAAUGCUGGGUUGACGUGGGCUUCUAUGGGGGCAUCAUCCCUGGCAACGAGGGCGAGCUCAGGGCUCUUGUCCGAGAGGGAGUGAGGGGAUUUAAGGGCUUCCUCAUUGACAGUGGCGUCGAAGAGUUUCCGGCCGUCUCAUCCACCGACAUCGCCAAGGUCUUUGCUGAAUUGGCAGAUGAACCUACGACUGUCAUGUUUCAUGCAGAGAUGAUACCGCCUAUUGCAGAUUCAGUCGGUGAUGACGUCCAGAUAUCAUUACCUCCCCUGCAGCCGCACGGACCUCUUAAUGCGUACAGUACCUUCCUCGAGUCGAGGCCGCCCUCCUUUGAAACCUAUGCCAUUGAGGAGAUUCUCUCCUUGGCCCACCUUGCGCCGAACCUACCUCUGCAUAUCGUCCACUUGUCAGCUAUGGAAGCGAUUCCUCUGCUGAGGAAGGCACGUGCGCAAGGAAUCAAUGUCACGGCCGAAACCUGCCCACACUAUUUGUCCCUGGCUGCGGAACAGGUUGCUUUGGGCGACACGAGACACAAAUGCUGCCCACCCAUUCGAACCCAGUCGAACCAAGAUAGUCUCUGGGAAGAAUUGAAACAGCAUGCCGAGGAAGGCGUGAUCAAGACGGUGGUGUCUGAUCACUCCCCCUGUACACCUGAUCUCAAGAUUCUCCCUUCUCACAUCCCGGGACAUAUCAAUCUACCCAAAGACAGCGUCAAAUCCUUACAACUAGAGACAGAUCAAGGCGACUUCUUCUCCGCCUGGGGAGGCAUCUCAUCGGUCGGGCUGGGCCUCCCCAUCCUGUGGACGGAAAUGACUCGCCGGGGUUUGACUGGUACAGAAUCAGCCAUCAUCGACGUCGUCACAUGGUGUUGCACCAAUACUGCCUCACAAGUAGGUUUGGAAAAGCAGAAAGGCGACCUGGCCGUCGGAUUUGACGCCGACAUCUGUAUCUUUGACGAAACCAAGGAGUGGAUUGUCGAGCCAAGCACAAUGCUGUUCCGCAACAAAUGCUCUCCGUAUCAAGGAAAGACCAUGAUCGGACAGGUCAAAGAGACGUGGUUGAGAGGAAAACAGGUGUUCGUGAGGGACGGAAGCAACAACGGGUUUGUUGGCAAGGAAUGCGAGGGACAGUUGUUGCUGGAGCCGAGAACCAAGGAGCUGAAGAAGGUGAAGAGCUGGUUUAAAAGGUGGAUUUAUGACUUCGACGGCUGA